AUGUGUUCAGAUGUAUAUGUGGCCGGAAGUCGGUUCAUUACCCGGGAAGAAUAUCUUAAGCUUCUUCGCGAGGGUGUAGAUUGUUACUUUUCUGUCGAUGGCCGGCUCGUCAAUCACCCGAGUGAUGUGGAAAGUGACGAUGUGCUCAUUCAGGUGCACUCGCGUUUGCGGGGUGGAAAGGGUGGCUUUGGGUCCAUGCUGCGUGCCAUCGGCAAUCAAAUUGAAAAGACGAACAACCACGACAUGUGUCGCGAUCUCUCGGGUCGUCGAAUGCGUGAUGUGAACGCUGAAGCUAAACUUAAGGAGUGGUAUGCCAAAGCGGGAGAGCGUGAGCGUGCAAAGGUGGACCGAUACCUAGAAAAGCAGCGACGUCGUCGCGAGGCCCUGGAUAAGGGCCUCCUUCAUGACCACAAGUUUAACGACCCAGAUUUCGCAAAACGCAAGGAACAUAUUUCCUCUGAACUUCAAGAUGCAGUGGAGGCAAUGCUAGCACAAAUCGUUGCUGAUGCUGGCCCCUCAGAGCCCGUUAAGAAGAAGCCAAAGCUGUGGAUUGAACAACUGGAUGAGGGUGUUUCUUCAAGCAGUGAUGAUAGUAGUGAUAGUAAUGAUGAUUCCGACGACCUAUUCUCAUCUUCCGAAUUGACUGAGAAGCAAAAUCACGCAGACCCCUCAUUGAGAUCGCUAUCAAAUUCCGAAGUUAAUUCGGAUACUGUCGCUAAUAAAGAAAAUGCUGCGAAGGUGGAGGAACAGAGGGAAGGAAUACAGGAAUCUCUUGUUGAAUCGCAAAGUGAAGGAAACGGGUUGAAGACGAGCGAAACGGCUGUUUCAUCAUCUGCAACCAAGAAGCUUGCUGAUAGCGUUCCUAUAACGGAAGCAGCGUUAGAGGCAGCUUCUUCGGCGAUGGAGUUAGAGUCGUACGGUUUGGAGACUCUAAAGCAGGCACUCUCGAGUCGGGGAUUAAAAUGCGGUGGAACUCUCUCGGAACGCGCCAUUAGACUUUUCUCGGUGCGUGGACUCGAUCCUUCAAAAUAUCCCGCAAAAAUACUUGCAAAGCCUUUUAAAAAAUAA